UUUCACCACAUGAGGUCUCUAAAAUCAAUCAGGAGAUUCAGGAGUUUACAGUACACGACCUUGCUGGCUGCUCUUAAAAGAUUUUGAUGAGGUUACGAUUUUUGUUAACAAAAAACGUACAAUCACUGAUAAUUGAUACAAAUAUGGCAACGAAAAAGAUCAAUGGAUUAUAUACGUCUUUUAAUAAAUUGUAUAAAGGAAAUGCAUCUAUAAUAGAUGCAGUAACGCAACGCACAUAUGCAACCAUGGACGAAGGUGAUACUCAAGUUACUCAUACUGGUCAGAUAUUUGAAAAAGACGACUAUCGAUUAGUAAGAUUUUUAAAUAAGCCAAAAGAAGUUAACAAAAAUUGGGCAAUUAAAUUGAUAGACGAAGUACCACCAUCUCCUAAGAAAGACAGAAUUGUAGCUUGUAAUGGUGGUGGAGGUCCCCUUGGACAUCCUAAAGUUUACAUAAAUCUGGAUAAACCAGGCAAUCAUACUUGUGGAUACUGUGGUCUGCGUUUUUAUAAAGAGAAUCAUCACUAGAUAAUCAUUGUAUAUGAGUAGUUAUAUUAAUUUAUAAAUAUAUUUUAGAAUGUAAAGAUUGUUGCAAUAAAUAUGUAAAAUAAAACUGUA